GUGGUAUAGCGAGCCCGUAUGGCAAACAAAUUAGCCAAGCUAAAGUUGUAUCUAUAGCUAAAAUGGUAGUCCAACGUUAGCUAGCAAGCAGGCUUUCAAAGGAGCACUGUCCUGUGCGUCUGAAUGUUGAAAACGCGCAAUUUAAAGGAAACAUUCGCUAGGUGGCUAACGUUAUCUAGCAAGUUGUCGUAUCUUACUAUCUAGCUAGGGAAGCAUGGUAAAGUUUAAUCCAAACUGAAGUUAUCGCUAUGAUACCACGUAGCUGCGUGGUUUUUUCACCAGCUAAACUACAAGGCAACAUAACGUUCGGUGGGCGAGAUUUUCCGACGACAGUCCUCACAAUGCCCAGAGGAACCCCUUCAGCAGGAGGAAGACAUGCCCUCCAGCUGUGUGGCCAUCAACUGUUCUGUGGAGAGGAGCCCUGAGACUUUGAAGCAGGGCAUCACCUUCCACAGGUUUCCCAAGGACCCUGUGCGCAGGCUGCAGUGGUGCUCAGCACUGCGCAGACAGAGCAGUGACCACCAGCUGUGGGUGCCCACCAAAAACAGUGUGCUCUGCAGCUCACACUUCACCCCUGACAUGUUUGACCGGACUGGCCAAACUGUGCGGCUUCGUGACUGUGCCAUACCCACAGUUUUUGAUUUCCGCAAGAGGAAGAGAGAAGGAAAGGAGGGAGAGGAGAAAGUGGAGAAGGCGGUGGUGUGGCCCAAGAGAGGGAGGAGGGGGAAGAGGGAGGAGCAGAUGGCUGGACGGAGCACAGACCCUCCAGCCAGUCUGGGGGACCUGGCUCUAGCUGCGGAGCUGAUGGAGGUGGUGAGUGACACGGUGCAGCAGGUGCAGCUGGGAAUGUGGAGUCGUCGGGGCUUCCUGAACGACCAUGGCUGCCUGACCAUCCCCACCGACCAGGGCCGGCUCUGUGCUUUGGUGCGCGGGCUGGCCAAGGACCAGCACCGGCAGGAGCAGGCACUCCUCAGUGUGCAGAAGGCUGUGGAGGCGAAGGAGAAGCUACUUCAGAAGAAGAAGAUGCAGUGGGAGUGGGAGAUGCACACCCUGACAGCGGUGCGUGACUCCAGGAUUCGGGUUCUGGAGGAGCAGCUGCUGCAGCAGCGUGUGGAGGUGGCGGGCCUACAGGAUGAGCUGCGGCAGGCCAGGCAGCAGGCACAGGCCAGUGCCGAGGCCAUGCUCUCCCUGGACACGCAGCUCCGCGAGCAGACCCGGCCCCCGCCGCGGCCCACCAUCCUCAGUGCCCAGACCCUGGCGCGUGGCUCCCCAAAGUGGCUGCGCUUCUACACGGGCUUCCACUCCUAUGCUCACUUCAAGGCCUUCCUCAGCUUCCUGCAGGGAGGAGACGGAGCGGGGCUGGGCUGGGACGUGGAGAUGGAAGUCAGGGCCGAGGAGCAGGACGUUCUGAAAGAUGAAGAGGGUCUGCCUGUCCCAUCAUCUCUGGACUCAACGCCCAUCGCUCAGGUAGACCCCACCCUCUUCCCAGCCGACGGGGACAGCGAGGGCGAGACGGCAGAGUCUGUCCGGUGGAGGAUGAUGGGAUACUGCCGCGGGGGAGGGGGCGCCCCCACCCUGCUGAGCUCGGAGGACCAGCUGCUGCUGGUGCUGACGCGUCUGCGUCUGGGCCUGCUGCUGCAGGACCUGGCCUUCCGCUUCCGCGUGGCCGAGUCCACCGUGUCACGCAUCUGGGUACACUGGAUGGAGCUACUGCAGAGGAGGCUCCAGCAGAUCCCGGUGAAGUGCAGCCAGCGCUACAUCAGCUACUUCCAGCCCAAGCACUCCCUGGCGCUGGGCUCUGGCCGUGAGGUGACGGUGCUGGAGUGUGCGGACCUGCUGUUCGACGCGUCCUCCCGGGACCGGCAGCGGGCCGCGGGCAGGUCGGGGGAGGCCCCAGGGGCAGUGCAGUCCCCGCAGCCCUACCGCUUCCUCUCCCACCACUGCGGCUGUGCCCUGGCCUCGCCUGAGGGCUUCCUGGCCUUCGCCAGCUCCGUGCGCCUGGAAGAGUGGGAGGACUGGGCGGCCAAUCCCGGCAGCCCUGAGCCCGCCCCCCUCAACCUGCCCUCCCAUCUGGUUGGAGACAACAGCGGGGGUGUCCCGCCCCCUUCAGUGGGUGUGCCUUCCCGGGAGGUCCUCAGUGUGCGUAGCCUGACCGACAAGGUUCUGACAUUCCGCUACCUGAGGGUAGUGCACCCACACAGCUCUGCCCCUCAGCUGGAUCGGGCCUGGGAGGUGUGCUGCUACCUGGCCUGCCUCCUGCACCAGCCCAUGGGCCUUCGCUAGAAACAGCCUGGGAAGGCCCAGGCUAACUGCCAUUUCAGGAACAGAGCCUCGGUGAGGCCGCUAAACUCUGCCCACGCUCCGAACUGGUACCUGUUUUAUACAGACGUAAUGUAUUUUUGUACAUUAGAAGAAAUAAUUCUGAACAUGAAUUUGCCAUUUGUCUUUUUGCUUUUUAAAAGCCGCCUGAUUUCCCCAAUACACUUGAAUGAAAUGA